AUGCGGAUGAUCUGCUGUGGUGACCCCUAGUGGGAGAAGCCGAACGAAAGUUUAUGGUUAUGACCAUCGUGUAAAAACGGCAACUACAGUCUAUUCCAAAUUCAAGUUUUUUUGUGAGUUAAUGUUAGUCAUGAGUUCUUAAAUUAUCUCUUUCGUUUUGUAGUCUGGUUUCAUUCUCAUGACUUUUUUCCAUGUUCCUUUUUUUCCCCCUGUAUUCCCAAACAGUGUCACCACUUCAUUUGCAUCAUUUAUAGUGUUGUAAACACCUCUACUCUCCAGUCUAUUUACAGUCUAAUUAUUCAUCUUUUCAUUGAUUUUAAUCUAUAUAUAAUUUCCCUUUACAUCAGUUAAAACAAGCAAGUUCCUCCUUUGCUCUGUUUGAUUAUGAAAUUAUGAACACUGCUUCCGAGCAAUAGGUGAAAUGUGUGGUACUGCUUGCUCAACCCCAAUGCAAUAUAAUGAGGAUUUGUUUUUAAUUAAUUAUUACUGUAGUUUUAAAAAAAAACGGUGUUUACAUUACUAUGAACGAUGCGGCACACAUCCAUAUCCAUAUAGUUUGUCUUUUCAGAGUGGCUUAAAAACUUCUCUCUGUUUCUCCUCUUGGCCCUCAUGGUGAUUAUUCUGCGUUCGCAGUUUGCAUACAUAUGAGCUCAGUGGGAAAACACAACUGCAGGUUGCUGAUGUUGCUUUUUCUUUGUUUACUUGUUUACUUUGGGAUGUUGGGUUACUUCAGGUGAGGGUAAUAGAGCAUCUAACAAAAGAGUUGCAUUUGUGUAGUCGAUGGAAAAGAAUCACGCUCGACUUGCAGAGGUUUGCAAAUUGAUUUUCGUGCAUUCGACUUCAUCCGCACCGCUGGCAUGUUACGUCACACAGCGGCGUAGAUUAAGCUGCGUUGAAGCCGCUCCAAAACACACCCACUCACUCCCCCUCCUCUAAGCGAAAACAUACAUCUCUGUCUCUCCGUCCAUGUCUCUGUAAAACACAAAGCGCGCGCCAUCAUCUCCAUCGGCUGUUGCUCAGAAUCAUCGUGCGCGAGCGCGGGCGCGAGAACAGUUACUUCCGUUGUCCUUGUAGCUGGACGUGUUUGGUGUCUAUGGAUCGGUUGCACGGUAUCGUGGUGGUCGGAUGGAUCUGAACCGCUCCUGCCGAUCUUAGCCGACAUGCGCCGGCUUUCUGCCGACACCGGCCCGGCUUCAUCAUGCUGUUCAGACUGUUUACGAGGAGGAUGCGCCGGCUGGGAUGCUAUCGGAUGGGGCCCAUGUGGAAAGCACUCCUGGUGUUUGUGGUCAUUGCCUUUGCAGGCCAGCUCUUGGGGAUUCUCUUCAAUAAAAGUUGGGUGCAACCGGAGCGGCCUCGAUCUUUGUUCUCUAUUCCCGAGAACAAUCAAGGGCCUCCUCUGGGCUCCUGCAGGCCCCAAAAACACAUCAUGUUCCUGAAGACCCACAAGACAGCAAGCAGCACCGUUCUUAACAUGCUCUACCGCUUCGGUGAGGAGCAGGGCCUGCGUUUUGCCCUACCAUUGGGCUACCAGUUUGGCUACCCACUCCCUUUCAUAGCCCAGAGGGUCAAAGGGUACAGGGGUCCCCAUGUGGCCAUGUUUGACAUCAUGGCAAACCACAUGCGAUUUUACAAGCCAGAGGUAGAGAAAGUCAUGCCUGCAGAUACUUUCUAUUUCUCUAUUUUACGAGACCCUGUGGCAUUAGCCGAGUCCUCCUAUGCCUAUUACAAAAAUGUUGCCCCUGCCUUCCGACGUUCGAAGGGACUAGGUGACUUUGCAGAUAACCCGAACAAAUACUACGAUCCCCGACUGCGCAACAACCACUAUGCCCGCAACUUGUUGUGGUUUGACUUUGGUCUUGAUCACAAUGCUAACUACUCCUUGGCUCUUGCAAAGCGUGGUGAAGCAGCAGUACGACGCAACUUUAAACUUAUUCUUAUAUCCGAGUACUUUGACCAGUCCAUGGUGCUACUCCGACAUGCUUUAUGCUGGCCUCUGGAUGCUGUUGUGUCUUUUAGCCUAAAUGCUAGACAGCAGAUAUCCAAGAGCAGGUCAGGCUGGGUGGGAAAGGCAGCUGCUCCAGCAUCUUUGCAACUGACAGAAGAGCAGCGUCAGAAGUUGCGUGAGUGGAACGCCUUGGAUUGGCACCUGUACCAAGCCUUUAACAGCACUUUCUGGGAUGAGGUGGAGCGAUUUGGACGAGCAAGAAUGGAUACUGAGGUGACAUUAUUGAGGAGUAGGCGUGAGGUUUUGGCCCACGUUUGUCUGCGUGAUGGAGGCCGGCCAGUUGAAGCUAGCCGCAUUCGAGACAGGGCCAUCCGUCCUUUUCAGAGUGGCCUAGUGAAGAUUUUGGGUUACGAGUUGCAGCCAGGUCUGGACAAUGCCACUAGGCAGGCCUGUCUGCGUAUGAUUAGGCCAGAGAUCCAAUACAAGGAUCUGUUGGAUCUUCGACAGUUCCCACAUGCCCAGCCACGUCCAGGAGCAGCAGUGGUGACAAAUGAGCUUGUUGUUAAGAAGGAUUCAUCACCUCAUAGGACUGAACAGCAUGCUGGAGAAUCAUUAGAAAGGGAUUGGGAUGGAACCUUACUGGUCCAUAAUCAAUCCCAAGAACAUGUGGACAUAAAGGGAAAACUGAGAUAAUGAGUGAAAUAGCCACACUUGUUUUCCAGAUUCUUUUUGGCUCUGCUGGGCCUCUGCAUUGCACUACUCAGAGCUGGAGUUAGAGACUGACUUGUUAUACUUGCUCAGCUUCUAACAAUCCUCUAUAUCUUGCCCUUUUUAAGGCAUCUUGCAUUAUUUCAUGUGACUACGAUGUCACUCUGUAAAGAGCACUGAAUUGAGGAAUAAAUACAAUACAAAUAGCCCCAGUAUACAGUAGUAGGGAAUGAUGCAUGCAAGGCGAUGUGUGAUGAAGCUCAAUUACAUCAUGGUGCAUGGUGUCAAGUAUUUCUGCUGCUUUACUUGAGCAGUGAUGGUACGAAUGCAUUUCGAAUGCUACACUAUUGUCUCUCAAUCCAACAAACACGCUUUACCUAUAUGCUCCCUCCCACACGCAGACAAUUUGGCGUUGAGCCACAUAGCACUUUUCAGAUUGACACUGCUUCUGUGCCUACUGACGGCACUGAAAUAGAGUGUAAAGCCAUCGACUGGAGAACAAAUACCACUAAAACAGAAUCAUAGUUCUAUAACUGUCUGGUCAGUGACAUUGGUUUGGGUGCCAGCAACUGAUUUGUGUUCAGUAUAUUACAGCAGCUGUCAUCUUUUGUAGUGCAGGUCCACAGGAAAAAGGCGUACAGUUUGGAAUACUACAGCCCUUUUUUUUUUUGCUAUGGCAACCAUAACAGGGCUUGUUAUGGCUGUGGCAUUUUAUAAUUGGUGUAUUAUAUAAGCUACUUAAAAUGUUGGUAGAUGAUGACACUGAACUAGAUUAACAUCAUGUAAUUGGUUUUUCAGGUUCAUCAGUUGGAGUGGGUUAUUCCGCUCACAGUAAUCUACCUUUUGGCUGCUGUCAGAGGUUACUUUCUCUUGUUUAUGUUGCGGAUUUGAAUAUAAAAAUUAUUUGUCAUUUCAAAGGAAUUUUAACUAGAAUCCUGGGUAAUUAGCCUUUUAAUAACAGUGAACUGAUACCACUUAUCAGACUUGAUGUAAGUACAUUUGUGCGUGAUUAUGCCAAGGUUUUUUUUGUGAUAUUGGAUUGACAGAGAUGAAUACAGAUGGCGAAUGUUAAUUGAAUACAUGAAAGCUAGAAUGCCCAUGAAUUAUUAAAUACAUAUCCGUGUCCAAAUCUAAAAUCCAGAAUUGAGUGAUUUUGCCUUACCGUGUGAAACAAAUUGGAACAGGGCUGGUUUAUUAAUGGUUGUUGUAUUUUUUUUCUUUUAAAAAUGUCAUGUAUGUAAUGUAUUUAUAGUUUUCUGAAAAUGCAAGUUUUUCAGUCUUGUGGUACGUAGAAUGAUGGUAUGUAAAUUUAGUAUGAAUUUGACUGAAAUGCACCAUACAGCUUGAUUAAGCUGAACGUAUUAACGGGUUGUUCAGCCUCCAUGUUUAAAAUUCUGUUUAUAACUUUUAUCAGUUAUUAUUAUUAAAGCAGAACACUCCAUGUGUAGUCAUUCUAGGUAUAGUAAGUGAUGAUGUGUAGUGUAUGUUAAAAAGACUUUGUGCAUGUUUAUAAAUAGCACUCACCGACACCAGUGUUUAGUAGAAAUACAGAUUCAUCUCAACUUUUUUGUCAAACAAAAUCUUGAUUUUGUAUUUUGCUUUUUUUCCUGGAACAAACCCACCUAAACCAGGCAAUAUCUAUAGGAGAAUUUUGGAAUCAGAAAAAAAUACAAACAUUACAUAAACAGAAACAUUUCUAACAAAGCUGUUUGUUGUAGAAAUAUAUAUUUUUUUUCAUAUUCAAAGGUUAUGUUUGUAAAAAAAUGUUUAAAAAAAGUAGGGGGUUGAAAGUAUGUGCCAACUAAUACAGACACAUAUGCCAGCAUAUUGAAUGAUGUAAAUGAAGCUGAACACUAAAUAUGACUCAUUGGCCUCAACCAAAGCUUUGAAUCUUUAUAUUCACAAAGUUUGUACUGUAUUGGGGCUAUCAUUGGCCAACCAGUUAAUAUAAAUGCCUAAAAGACAGUAGGGGACUGUAGGAAAGCAAUAUUAUUUGAUUUAGAUGUAUUGUAAACGUUAUCAGCCGUUGCAUAAAUGGUUCCUUCUUUUUGACAACACUGAAGGAAACCUUGAGUUUAGUUUGCUCACGUUUUGCAGUUUAUAAUCAUGUAAAAAUGCUCUUAUUACUGGUCAUCUUGUUUCCAUUAUUCUGUCUACACCUGUAUUAGACUGCUGCUCUGUCAUGAUUCUCAAGAGUAGACAUCUAACAGUCGAAGAUGGUACAAAUAAAAACUUGAAUUUACAUGUAUGUAUUUACUUUUUUAGUUAAAGGUACACCAAAGAGUUGCCGAUACAUUUUAGUUAUGAAAUACUGAACCUGUGACUGUGAAAAUGGAAAUCCUAAGCUAUAAAUUUGUUUUGGUGUUGCUAUUAUGUUUAACAAAAUGACCCCCCUAAGACACAGGAUGUUGGAGAUUGGAUGCAACUUACACCAAACUAAAUCCUAACAGGGAGAUGUCUAAGAAAUUGAAAGCAAAACGUUUUGCUGAUCCAACAGUCUUUCUUUGGUACCAGAAUCUUCUGUCUAUGCUGCAAAUUAAAUGUGAUACUGACAUUGUCAUGUUUUAUCUUAUAGUAAAAUUUCAGUACAGUUAAUAUUCAAUUUGAACCGUAGUAAUUUGUGUAUUAUAUUUAUUCUAUUUCUUUUUGUUACUUGAACACUGAAGUUUGGUUAGAAACCUUUCAAAAUACCUUUAUAAGCAUCUUGUCUUGAAUCCGUAGUUUACCUGUGUGUAGAUAAAUGGGGAAAAAGGUUGAAUGGAAUAAAAAGGAAACUUUUGAUAACAGAAAAGAAA